AUGAAGAUUGACAGAGAGAUAUCUCACCCUGCCCACUCCCUACCCCACCACAAGCUCAAGCUGGAAUACUCGGAGGUCCCGUUCGACUGCCACGGCUGCAAAGAAGCCGGGAUCGGGCUCCGGUACAAGUGCCCAUUGUGCAAGUAUGAGCUCCACAAGGCGUGCGGCGCCGCGCUGCCGACCGUGACGCACCCCUUCUACAAGAGAUGCACGUUUAGUUUCUGCUACCAGCCCCCCGAUCGCAACUUGAGAGUGUGCGAUGCGUGCGGGACGGACAUCCUAGGAUUCGUGUACCACUGCCAGUGCCGCGAUUUAGAUCUCCACCCUUGUUGCGUGAAUCUCCCUCAAGUCCUGGACGACGGGAACAAUGUCCUCUACCUGUCUAGGAGCAUCUCUGGCCCGUGCCUUCAUUGCGGAGGCAAGGGCUCUGGGCCAGGCUGGGCUUACAAGUCACAGUCGAAGGCGUAUAAUCUGCACGUAUCGUGCGUCAAGAAGUUGCUCAUCGAGAGCUGGUUGGCUUCCUACUUCAACGUGGACAAGAACAAGGUACGAGAGCUGCACACCAAGAUCCCGAGGCUCAGUGGCGCAUCGAUGAGUAAUUCGAGGGCGAAAAGUGAUAAUAUGAAGAAGUUUCUUCAAGUGGCUGGCGGAGCCGUCCAGCUUGUUGUCUCGGCCAUCCUGGGCGAUCCAACCGCCAUAAUAGCCGGUGUCCUGAGAGGAUUCAUAUCGAGUUAG